UCCCUGCCCCACCUGGCAGCCUCAGCUACCCCAGCAGCGGUUUUCCUGGCGUAGUGCAUGGCGGACUCAGCGGGCUAGGAGGUUGGAUCUAAGUGCGGGGCAUCCGAGACCGGAGCACCAGGCUCACCUUACUCGCCGUAACACACAGAAUUAUCUGAAGAAAUGGAUAUUUCUCCCUCCAAAAAACAUCCCAUUAAAAAACGAGUGAAAAUACAUCCCAACACAGUGAUGGUAAAAUACACUUCUCAUUAUCCCCAACCUGGGGAUGAUGGAUAUGAAGAAAUUAAUGAAGAUUAUGGAAAUUUUAUGGAAGAAAAUCCAAAGAAAGGCCUGCUGAGUGAAAUGAAAAGAAAAGGAAGAACUUUUUUUGGAACCAUGGAUACCCGACUUCCACCAACAGAAGACCCAAUGACAAAUGAGAUUGGACAAUUCCAGAGCUUUGCAGAAAAAAACAUUUUCCAAUCCAGAAAAAUGUGGAUAGUGUUGUUUGGAUCUGCUUUGGCUCAUGGAUGUGUAGCUCUUAUCACUAGGCUUGUUUCUGACCGUUCUAAAGUUCCAUCUCUAGAACUGAUUUUUAUCCGUUCUGUCUUGCAGGUCUUUUCCGUGUUAGUUGUGUGUUACUACCAGGAGGCCCCCUUUGGACCCAGUGGAUAUAGAUCACGACUCUUCUUUUAUGGUGUAUGCAAUGUCAUCUCUAUCACCUGUGCUUAUACAUCAUUUUCUAUAGUUCCUCCCAGCAAUGGAACCACUAUGUGGAGAGCCACAACCACAGUCUUCAGUGCCAUUUUGGCUUUUUUACUUGUAGAUGAGAAAAUGGCUUAUAUUGACAUGGCUACAGUUAUUUGCAGCAUCUUAGGUGUUUGUCUUGUCAUGAUCCCCAACAUAGUUAAUGAAGAAAAUUCCUUGUUAAAUGCUUGGAAAGAAGCCUUUGGAUACACUAUGACUGUGAUGGCUGGGCUGACCACUGCUCUUUCCAUGAUAGUAUACAGAUCCAUUAAGGAGAAGAUCAGCAUGUGGACUGCACUGUUUACCUUUGGUUGGACUGGGACAAUCUGGGGAGUAUGUACUAUGUUUGUUCUUCAAGAACCCAUUAUCCCAUUAGAUGUAGAAACCUGGAGUUAUCUCAUUGCUAUAUGUGUCUGUUCUACUGCAGCAUUCUUAGGAGUUUAUUAUGCCUUGGACAAAUUCCAUCCAGCUUUGGUCAGCACAGUACAACAUCUGGAGAUUGUGGUAGCGAUGGUCUUGCAGCUUCUAGUGUUACACAUAUUUCCUAGUGUCUAUGAUGUCUUUGGAGGGGUAAUCAUUAUGAUUAGUGUUUUUGUUCUUGCUGGCUAUAAACUGUACUGGAGGAGUUUAAGAAGGCAGGAUUACCAGGAAAUUACAGACUCUCCCAUUAAAUGAAUACCUGAUUAUUAUCUUAACCAUUGGUCAUUAAUAGGUACACUGCCAUUUUAAUAUUCACCUACAUCUUUUGUUAUAUAAUUGGCAGAGUGCUAGAUAAUAUUUUACGUAGAUGUAGAAAAAUAUAUUCUAGUCUAAUAUAUUCAAAAACUAAUAUUAAAUAUGUGAAAUGUCAUGAAUGUAAUAUCUUUACUGUUGUUAACAAAAGGUAAUUGUGGUAGGAGAAUGUUAGCUUUCAUCACUAAAGAAUAUAAACUUGAAGAAAGGACCCCUUUCAGAUGGAAAUUCUGUGAUACUGAAGUUCAAAGAUUAGAAAAAUGUUCAUGCCCAAUGUUUUAUAAAUGUUCAACAAAAAUCAAUCAAUAUUCAAAAAUCUUCAUUUGUGAAAAAGGAGAGGGUAAAACACUGAACACUGGGCCCUGCUUUAUUAUCAAUUUGCAUUAGAAAACUAGAGGUGAUUGGGCUGGUAAGGAAGCUUGAGCUAAAGCAAGAAGAGGAAACAAAAGAAAGGAGCUAGUUUUUCAGUGAUAAGGAUGCUUAUCCUACCUUAGAAGAGUAAAUUGGUCUUACUCUUGCUAUGGCCACACUAGGCAAUGCAUUGGAUAUGGAAGUAUGUACUUAGUGUAUGGCAUUUUUUGCCUGAUGAUGGGAAGUCUAGUGUUGGGGCAGGUUCUGCUUAUCCUCAGCUAUAGGAUCUCUUCCACAAUUGCCCUUGUUUAGAUUUUGUAGCCAGUACAUGUAUGAGUUUUAGUAAAGGUACUCCUUAGCCCUGAAAGAGACAGUAACAGUAAUCACAGUAUAGAAAGAAAACUGGCAACAUAGUGUUCUCAGAUUUUUUUUAAAAAGGUCUAAAAGUCUCCAAAUUCACCUUUCUAUACUUUCCUCUCUGGUGCUAUGGCUCAGACCCUGCAAACUACAUUUUUCCUAUGCUAGCUGAUGUUUCACUAGGUUCCACCAAUAAAGGCCAUUACAUGGAGACUGGAAGUAGGAGAAGGGACAAAAAGACUUCCUCUUUUCCGUUUGUUUGCAGUGUCUGUCAUUGUUACCUGAGCAAUAAGCAAUGGUCCCUUGCUCUGGCAGGUACAACUGAUUUCAGCCUUGAGCUUCUUUUGGCACACCUCCACCCCCAACCAGCCUCAUCAUAUCCCUCUCAGAGGUAGCAGGACCAGAUGGACAGCAUCCCCUCAGGGACUGGAACUUCAGUUUAUCUGGGUCAUCCCUCUGAGCUUCUGAGACCUGAUAGUCCAACCUCAAUUCCUCUUUAUCACUUGCUUUAGGGGAGAUAGCUGCUCUCUACAGUUAUCACCUCUGGGCUACUUCAGUGUUCCCUUUUUGCUUUUUCAGUCCAUCUGUUGCUGGCAAUGUUGGCUCUUGGUUCUUGAGUUCAGCGAAGAACGAAUUCAGAGCCAAGAACUUGAGGACAACAGGAAGUUUAUUUAGCAUGCAAAACGAAAGCAUACUUGAAGAGAAGAUUUGAGUGUGCUGUUCAGAGAGCUGGCUUGGCCUUUUAGAAGGAAAGUCACAGAGGCAGAAGUGAGCUAGGUAUGCUAUGUGGACUUGGGAAACAAGUUACAGAAGCAAAACAAGGGCCUUUGGAGACAGGUAAGGGGGUGGGGAUCCUGGGACAAGCUGUUGCUGUCUGCUGCUCCCUUGGUUACAAGUGUCAUGGGGACCCUUAGAGCUUAGGAGAAAGUACAGAUACACACCUGAAGAAAGAAGGUGAGGUUGCGCUCUAGUCAGUGAGAACACACUGGGUACUUUUUAAAAAAGGUUUUUAUCUAAAGGCAGGAAUUUUAGGGGGGUCUUGGGAGGAUCUCAAUAGAAUAUUCAUCAGCUUUUCAGGUGUGUCCUGUAGUAUGCUGAUGCAUCCAAGUGAGCAUAUAGGCCAUUCUCUUGUCAGUUUCACCUUUGAAGAAUGUCACCUGGAAGGGACCAGGACUGAGGUGGGUCUGACCCAGCAUGAUCUGGAAUGUGUAAGAUAAGACCUUGCAAUUUAUUAUCUGGCUGUAAGUUGCUUGCCUGGUUUGUUCAACUAUCUGUCUCAGUCUCAGUUUCCCCAUUCCACAUGCCAAAUAAUUGUCCUAGCUUCUUACUAUCCUGCCUCACAUCAAUAUCCAAUACUAAAUUCUCUGUUGUAAUAGCUUGUGAUUUCUAUUUUCUUCACUAAUGUGUCUCUCAACCUUCCCCCAAAGAACCCAUAGCCAUUAGUUAGGUGUCUGUCCUUUUAGUAAAAUGUUAACGUUCAAACUUUCUGGCAAUUACUAGACACUGGAUUUCAAAGGAAUUAUCCAAAUUUGAAGCACAGACAGACUUGAAAAAAAAUUAAUAAAGCCUGGAAU